CGGUGCGCUCGGCAGUCGACAAGAUGGCGUGGCUAUGGCUGGUGGUGUCGUUCGCGUUUUCCCUGUUCCUGAUGCCAUUCCUCAUGUUAGUGCUAGGGAUCAUAUUCCUCGCGUCGAUCGGCAAGUCGCUUGGCGUACGCCGGCUGUACAUCAAGUUGCUGCUGGCGCUAUUCGAGUACGGUCGGCAAAACAUAGAGAAUGUGAGGAAGAGAAACGGUACUUGGGACAAGAACUAUAAGGAGGAGGAAUGCGAAUCGAUGGCGAUCCCCCCGAAAAAUUCAACGGUAACGUCGUCCAAAAUGCAAAAUGGGUCUCUAGGCAAUACCGUAAUAGCUAGGUCGAAGGACCUAAUUUUAGUACCCGAGCCAGAGGCGCAAAAUCACAAGAAUCAUAUGGACGAAUCGAAGCUCGAGAACAAUCACGAGGUGUCAGCACUCAAUAAUAAAGAGGACAGUCUUAAUCAGAAGAACUCCUUCGAAGUGUUCAAAACCGGAUUUGAGCCAGCCAGCUGCUUGGAUUACAUCAGAGCCGGUGUCGAAGCGAUUAUAGAGGAUGAAGUGACAUCACGCUUCGAAGCAGAAGAACUUAAGAACUGGAAUCUGUUGACCCGAACGAACAGAUACUACGAAUUUAUUUCAUGGAAGUUAACCAUCAUUUGGAUGUUUGGAUUUGUCAUGCGUUACUGCUUUCUUCUGCCCGUGAGAGUAUCCAUUUGUUUUAUCGGGGUACUGUAUCUUGUAAUAGUAACAUUUUUAAUCGGCUUCCUACCAAAUGGCCGCGUAAAACGUUGGGCGAACAACCAAGGCAACCUUAUCGCAUUCAGGAUAAUGUCCCGUUCGAUAUCGGGCUUGAUCCAAGUCCACAAUCCGGAGUAUAAACCAAAGAACGGAGGGGUGUGUGUGGCGAAUCACACAUCCACCCUCGACGUCUGCAUCCUAUCCACAGAAACGACAUUCUCCUUGAUAGGUCAAAGGCACGGUGGUUUCUUGGGGAUAUUACAAAGAGCUCUUGCUCGUGCCUCCCCGCACAUAUGGUUCGAACGUUCCGAGGUUAAAGACAGGGAAGCGGUGGCGAAAAGGCUAAAGAAACACGUGUCGGAUCUCACGAACCCACCGAUACUCAUAUUUCCGGAGGGCACCUGUAUCAACAACACAUCGGUGAUGCAAUUCAAGAAGGGUAGUUUCGAGGUGGACAGCGUCAUCUAUCCCGUGGCCAUAAAGUACGAUCCGAGAUUCGGGGACGCCUUUUGGAACAGCAGCCGAUACUCGAUGUUGCAAUAUUUGUAUAUGAUGAUGUCGAGCUGGGCGAUUGUCUGUGAUGUCUGGUACCUCCCACCGAUGUACAAGAACGAAGGGGAGAGCGCCAUCGACUUUGCGAAUCGAGUGAAAUCUGUGAUAGCGCGGCAGGGCGGUCUUGUCGAUCUGCAGUGGGACGGCCAGCUGAAGAGGAUGAAGCCGAAAAAGGAAUGGAGGGAAAAGCAGCAGGAAGAGUUCAGUAAACGACUGAAGGUCGAAUAAAUUAGAUCCCAUCGAUUCUAGUCAUAAUUUCAUUAUGCACACAUCGCGUGAUAAUUGUUCGUUUAAAUCAAACCAUUUUCAUCAAGCAAGAUUGGCUCUUUUUCGCACAUUGUUUUCGCAUAUAUACACACGCGCGCGCGCGCGUGCGUGCGUGCGUGUGUGUGUGUGUACACACA